CUCUCGAUUCUCCAUUUGGAGCAGCACACAGGCGAGAUCAUGGACGGAAGCGGCAGCAGCGCGCUGUCAGAUCGAUUCCAAAGCCUCGAAGAAGAUUACAUUGAUUGCAAGCGAACCAUCAACAAUUCGAUCCACGACUUGUCGUCCUUAGACCAACGACAUGUGGCGUCGCAAAUGGCGCAAGCCAACGUCGUGGAAGCCCAACGAUGCAUAAAACUCAUGUCCGUGGAGCUUCGUGGAAAGACUCCCGCUGUUCGAAAGGUCAUGCAAGCCAAGAUCAAUGUUUAUCGCGAUGAGCUUCAAGGUCUGCAGCGAGAUCUGGAUCGCGCACUUUUGUUGUCCAAGCAAAUUAGCAGCACUUCGUCAUCGUCGUCGUCGAGUAGCGCGGCUCAGUACGACCGAUUAGUUGCCAACACAGACCGCCUGCAACGGGCGUCCGACCAACUGGAGCAGUCCAAGCGCAUCGUUCAGGAAACAGAGCAAAUUGGGAUCUCUGUCAUGGACACGUUGGCGCAGCAGCGGGAAACCCUCCUGUCGGCCCAUGACAAGGUCAAGGACACGCGAGAGACCGCGGGCGACGCACGGCGAGUCCUUCAGCGGAUGUCGCAGCGCAUGUUGACGCACAAGUUGACGUUGUGGUUUGUCAUUCUGGUGCUCAUCGUCGCGAUUGUCCUCGUAUUUUACCACGACUUUAUCAAACGCUCCUAGUCAACGUAUCAAGAUAAACUAGUCGAUUUCUUCGUUAUCGGGUGAGUGUA